AACCUGAGUUGCCAAAGGAUCACGCUUCAUAAGAACCUCUUCGUUUCGUAUGUCCUCAACUCCGCCCUUACCCUCAUCUACCUCAUAGCAGUGGUCAACAACACAGAUGUAGUGGAGAGAAAUCCAGUAAGUCUCACACAUUUCAUCUAUAAAAUGAAAACAAUUUUAAGGGGAAGAGGAAAGAUAAGUCUCAGGGUUUCACUGCAUGACAAUUUCAAAAUAAAUAUAUAUUUUUUUUAAUUCUUAAAAACGUAACACAGCCCUCGAGCACCUUUUUACUUAAUUCAAAUGAGUUUACUCUUAGUUUCAUUCAACUGGAUUGCAGAUGUUUUUUCUAAGAGGGUUCGUUAGGAUAUUAGUAUUUUUUUGCAUAUCUUUAAUGGGUUGUGCCAUUAACAGACAGCCCACGGUUAACCUUCUCUUAGCACUCAGAUUUCUGUCCUCUGUCAGACUUUUGAACAGUUGCCACUCGUUGAGUUUGAGUCAGACUUGAAUUCUUUGAAACCUGAGGCCUGUUAAGGUGAAAAGGGUCCAUCUGCCUCUAUGGAACGUAGCGUUGCUGUAUCUAGGAUUACCCCUUUUCUGGUGCUUUAAGUAUUGUAUUUUAAGAUACUUUUUAUUGUCCACCUUUUUGAGGAAAUUAUUUGAUUACGGUAUUGUGACUCAGGAAGACAGCGUUACUGAGUCGCCGGCUUCUGUUCCCAAAAAAAUACAAAAUAAAAAGAUCUUCUUGAUCCAGAGAAAUGGCCACACUUGGGUGACCUUUGAGUAGAGACAUGAGUUUUUCCUGGUUAGGUCACAUGGUUAGUAAAAACUCCUGGCUCAAUGUAUACAGUAAGGUCAUGUUAUCAUUCUCUCGAUUGGAUCAUCACUUAAUUUUUUUAUUUAACUAGGCAAGUCAGUUAAGAACAAAUUCUUAUUUACAAUGACGGCCUACCGCGGCCAAAUCCUCCCCUAACCCAGACAACGCUUGGCCAAUUGUGCGCCGGCCUAUGGGACUCCCAAUCACGGCCGGUUGUGAUACAGCCCGGGAUCGAACCCGGGUCUGUAGUGACACCUCUAGCACUGCGAUGCAGUGCCUUAGACUGCUGUGCCACUCAGGAUCCCCAGGAUCUCACUCAGGAUCCCCAGGAUCUCACUCAGGAUCCCCAGGAUCUCACUCAGGAUCCCCAGGAUCUCACUCAGGAUCCCCAGGAUCUCAGGAUGUCCUUCAGUUUAUCCAGUCAAAGAAAAUAACUACCGUCUGGGUUUGAUUUCUAGCCUCUCUUCUACUCUUCUCCCCGUACAAUCAUGUUCUCACUGGAAAAAACAGACUUCAAGCCUAAUCCAUCUGCCAUAUUCACAGUGGAAGGGUUUUUGUUUCCUCAGAUAUACCAGCUGACCCUGGUGAUCCAACCGACAGGGAGGAAGGAAUGACAGCUUUCACAAUAAAUAUUGUGGGAACGUAAUUGGAAAACGUUUAAUUUGAUAACAAAUGCUGUGGCUCUGGUAUAUAAAGCGCAGGGGUUGCUGGAAUAUCUCCUCAGUUUAGAGUCUGGUGCAAUAGCAGGUGCCAGCUCUCUGCUCAUAUGAUUUUUCAUUAUAUAUAUAUAUAUAUAUAUAUAUAUAUAUGUCCACUGAAGAUGUUUGGUUGCUCUGAUUAAACCUUGAGUUAUAUCUGAAGUCGUAGUGUCCAUGGAUUAUCAUUCUUUAACCCAACCUUACAAUAUGAAUAGCUAUGUUCUAGCAGCAUUGGCUCAGAACCAUCUUUCCCAAUCUGUCCUAAAUAUAUUAUAAUCUAAUUGUUUUGAGAAGCGGGAGAACCAAAUUGCAGUUUGUCUUUCACACCUCAGACAACAUGGUCUUGAUUUCAAGGGGUUAAAAUCCCAUCACUGUUGGUUGCACAUACUGCAUGUCUUUAGUGGAACAUGUUGACAUUCUGGAGCGCCAAAUUUAGAGUGGAUCAGUCUGUGUUCUGACUGCAUGUGUGAUUUAGGGAUGUGGUACUCUGUUGGGAGAAUGGACUCUGCGCUCUCUGAACAAAAAGGAACAAGCGUUCUUUCUCUCUGGCGGAUCACAGUAGAGACUCCUAGUCUGCCAGUAGUGAGAGAGAAGUGGGUCCCUAGUGCUCUGGUCAAACGAAGGACUAGGCCAAAGACAUGAGACACACACUUUGUCAGACAUUAGUACCUUAAACUUUGUUCCAGAAAACAUUCAGAACCAUCCAGACUGUCCCGUUACAUUAGGCUGGAUGCCUCAGUUGGGCAUUCAAGUUGAAGUUGAAUGUGGUUAUGAAGUGGUGAGAAAAAUGAAGUGUUUUGAUCACACCAACAGACCUUAGUGAUGAGUAAACUGUAUUUCAGCAUACAUGUAAAUGGCACAUCUGGGCCAGGAGUCAUGAAGGGCAGGGUGGGAGGAGGGAAGAGGAAGGAGGGUGGAGGGAAGAGGAAGGAGAAGGAGAGGAAUAGCAGGAGGUGGAAGAAGGUAGGAAAGAGAAGGAGGAGGGUAGAGGAGGAGGAGGGUAGAGGAGGAGAGGGGAGGAGGGGGGUAGAGGAGGAGGAGGGUAGAGGAGGAGGAGGGUAGAGGAGGAGGAGGGUAGAGGAGGAGGAGGGAAAGAGAGAGAGAGGAGGAGGAGACAUACAGUGCAUUCGGAAAGUAUUCAGACCCCUUCACUUUUUCCACAUUUUGUUACGUUACAGCCUUGUUCUAAAAUGGAUUAAAUACAAAUGUUUCCUCAUCAAUCUACACACAAUACCCCAUAAUGACAAAGUGAAAGUAGGUUUGUAGAAACAGGUUUGUAGAAACUUAUUUACUUAAGUAUUCAGACCCUUUACUCAGUACUUUGUUGAAGCACCUUUGGCAGCGAUUACAGACUUGAGUCUUCUUGGGUAUGAUGCUACAAGCUUGGCACACCUGUAUUUGGGGAGGUUCUCCCAUUCUUCUGUGUAGAUCCUCUCAAGCUCUGUCAGGUUGGAUGGAGAGCGUCGCUGCACAGCUAUUUUCACGUCUCUCCAGAGAUAUUCGAUUGGGUUCAAGUCCGGGCUCUAGCUGGGCCACUCAAGGACAUUCAGAGACUUGUCCUGAAGCCACUCCUGCGUUGUCUUGGAUGUGCUUAGGAUUGUUGUCCUGUUGGAAGGUGAACCUUCACCCCAGUCUGAGGUCCUGAGCGCUCUGGAGCAAAGAAUUUCUGCAGCAUUGAAGGUCCCCAAGAACACAGUGGCCACUGUGUGGUUAAGAGUUUGUGAGUGACUGACAGGUUCUGAAGGCUGUGAAUGCUGCAUAUAGAGUCUAGAAGAGAUGUACAUUUAGCUACUACCAAUGCCAGUAUCUUCUAAUUAGAUCAGCACACAUGCUCUGAGACAGAGAGCUGAGAACAAGGAAUCUCAACAUGGAAAACUAGAGAACGAGCCUCAAUGAAUCUGCAUGGGCCAGUCCCAAAUGGAACCCUAUUCCCUAGAGACAGGUUGGUUGUUUAGCAACACAACCGAUGCGUGUGCAACUAUGGGGCAAAACAGACGGGUUGGCUUAGAUUGCUGACAACAUGUAAACUAUAUUUUGUUUCCAAUGUUUAUUGAAAACAUAAAUACAUUUGCACAAUGAGCACUUGUUGUCUCAAAUACAUCGUUACAGUUGUUGGGUUAGCUAGCUAGCAAAUUUGAGCCAUAUUAGCAUUGAUCAGUCAAAACACCUCAAAACAAGACGUUAUCAAGAACAAGAUGAAACUAGCUGAAACGAGUCACUUACGAUUCCCCAUAUGGCAGUUUCUUGUCAUUGUUGGUAGCUAUCUGGCCAUCUAGAAUCACAACAACUCACAGACUUCUGCUGCAUUGAAGCGUGCGCAUCGUUUUCGUGAUGUUGUCAGCUAACCCAUCUAUAUAGUGCACUCCUUUUGACCAAGGCCCAUAUGUAGGCAAUAGGGUGCCAUUUGGGAUAUAUAAAUAUGAAGGGAGUAAGAGACAUAUGAUAGCGUGUUGACUGACAAGAAUGUGUGGAUAUUAUUGAACAGAAUUUAGGCUACUUAACAGUCAAUUUUUCUUGCAAAGUAAAUACAACGAGCUGCAGUCAUUAACAUAGAGAAAUGUGGAGCAAGGGAUGCGCUUCAGCAGUAGGGGGUAACAGGAUAAACAACCUCCUUUCGGAAAAUCAUAAUACCCGCUAACGAUUUUGUGUCAGGGCUGGUUGAGCAUUUAGUGUUGUUGUUGUUGUUGUUGUUGUUAUUGUCUCUGUGUGACUCCCUGUGAUCCUAAUCCCCUGCAGGUUGGCUGUAAGGUGUUGCACUUCUUCCACAUGUACAUGCUGGGCUGUAACUACUUCUGGAUGCUGUGUGAGGGGAUCUACCUGCACACGCUCAUUGUGGUGGCUGUGUUCGCCGAGGAACAGCACCUCCACUGGUACUACCUCCUCGGCUGGGGUGAGUCUCACUACAGAUCAGGGGUCAGAUUACCUUAAAGGGAUAGUGUGAGAUUUGGGCAAUUAAGGCAUUUAUCUACUUAUGCUAGCUGUUCCGGUAGACUUCCAGUCAUUGUGCUAACGCUAGUUAGCGUUGGGUCACGAAACGACCUCUAACUUCCUUCAUACUGGACGCAGAGACAUACAAAUGUUAUCCACAAGUUCAUCUGACUCUGGGUAAGUAGAAACAUCUCUCACUAUCCCUUUAAACCAAAAACCAAACUCUAAAUUGUAUUUCUGUAUUAGUUAUAGCCAGCAAUAAAAGCAAUGUAAAAGGUUAAUAGUUAAUAGCAGAGAGGAAUAGGCAAAGCGAGAGGGUCCAUUCCCGUCAAAAUCUGUCCAUGCGGGAAUACAGCGAUAAGCAAAGCGAUUAGCAGACCUUCUGCCUUCCCGCUUUGGGAACAACGACUCCCAUUGUUAGCACGGAGAUAAGACCAUCUCAUCAUUAUAUACAGUAUCUCUGUUAAUAGUCAAUUCAAUAGUCCAGAGUUCAAAGGUCACAAAACCCAAAUGUGAGUUAGUCCAACAAGUACACAGAUCCCAAACAUAGUUCAAUUCAGUUCUUUCCACAAAAAGAUAAAUGAUAGUCCAAUAAGAGUCAAUCAACAUAGGAAAAAACUAUCUGAUAAACUCACCAGUCCUUGGUGAUGAUAGGAAGUAAUUCCCUUUCUCCAAGCAUAUAAUCCAAAGGAACAGGUUUCUACAGCACAAUUACUCAACUAUUUCCUCGUUUCUCACACCAAAACCAUUACUCUAUCCCUUUUCUACUCACAUGACCUGAUGACCCCAUAUUUAAAGUGACAGGUAUCAUUUUUACCAAUCAACAGAAAUUCUACCCGGUGGCAUACAAAUCUUGGCAUGGAUCUAUACAUGUACACAUUCCAUGUAUUCUGUUUUACCUAGGAAUUAAUGUAUAACCUUUCAUUCAGUUUCAUUUCAUUUAACAUUUCAACCACAGAUCUAGGAUCAGCCUAACCAAGCCUAAACUAACAAUAGGCAUGAGAAAAUAUCUGACCCUGUAUCAGUGACCCUAUCUGCUUUCAUGAAAACAAGCCACCAAAACAGCAUUCUCACACAAUAAUGAAAUGAUUCACUUGAUGGUCAGUCAUGAUAGCCAGUGAUAAUUAUUCCCUUUGGUAAAGCUUUAUUUUAAAUGUGAACACGUUACAUUAUAUUUAUUAUGCAGUUGUUUAGCUAAAAUUGUUUUAUUUAACGUACAAACCAGAUGUUGUCCUCGCUGGAAUUGAACCCAUAACUUUGACAGCACAACUUGCCCCAGUUAACUUUCCCCAGUCAACUUGCCCCAGUCAACUUGCCCCAGUCAACUUUCCCCAGUCAACAUGCCCCAGUCAACUUGCCCCAGUCAACUUUUCCCCAGUCAACUUUCCCCAGUCAACUUUCCCCAGUCAACUUUCCCCAGUCAACUUUCCCCAGUCAACUUUUCACCAGUCAACUUUCCCCAGUCAACUUUCCCCAGUCAACUUGCCCCAGUCAACUUGCCCCAGUCAACUUUCCCCAGUCAACUUGCCCAUCUGUUUUUGGGUCAUGCAUUUUAUUACCUCUGUACUCUAUUCUGUUUUAUUGUCAUAUUUAGAUACCAAAAUAAUGACAUCUGAGGUAACAUGAUACAGCAACAAGUCUGUAUAGCAGCUUGUUGCAUGUUAUAGUGUGUUCAAAACCAUAGACUCAUCUCCUCUCAGCCUUGGAGACCUCUGUGCUCUUACAUCAUGAUUCAUAGCCUAUCUUCGUAUUUCAUCACCCUGUACUCACUGUAGACAUAAAAUAACAUCGUAAACAGCUCCCACCAUCGCUGAACCACACAUAGAUCCGCUUGUGUGUCACACAACAGGACGGGACACAAUCUGUGUCGGGACACAGGAUCAGAGACAACCCUGAGGUCACUGUUAACUGCAACACUCCCUGUGUGUCAACCCCGCCAAACCCUGCAUCAGAUUGACAGCUUUAUUAGCUCUUCCUAUUGGAUAGCUGCUGUUAACGUGCUGUCUGUUCUGUUUAAAGGAGGAGUGAUGUGUUAUAUUAUCAGCCCUGGCCGUCCGAUAAGUGGUACGAUAACUGUGAAUGGUCGGCCAUUAUUAAAGAUGCCGUGAUAUAACCUUGGGGCAGAAGCUACAGUGUCUUUCACACAGCUGCCCGAGAGAUGGAGGGAUGGAUGGAGGAUAUCCAGCUAGUCCAUAUGUAGCCAAUAUGGCCGUAGGACCUUGAUACAUGACUUCUAAACGGACCCGCUGCUCGGAUUCAUUUGUUUCAUCUGUUUAUGGCCCAGCUAAGAUGAAAACCCCAAUAAACACUGGUAUGGUUGUGUUGUUAAUGGAGAAUGAUUUAACGAGACUGGAUUAUUAGAGGAAAUUGCUCAGUGUGGGUUUGUUCUUGUUCAGCUUGUAGCGGACAACAUGAUGAGGAUGUAUGAUCUUAAUUUGAUCACUUUUGUUGCUGAGUAUUUUCCUGCACCACAGGAAAUGCAGAUGAGCUUCGUGAUUUACAUAAAUCCACUGAAAACCCACACUAACACACGGUUAUAUUACUGUAACAGUAUUGUACUUUUCAUGUAGCCUACUGUUGGCCAGCUAAUAGCCUAACCACCGAUCGAUUAUUUUUCUGUGACUAUAUAGGUCAAAUUAAGAUCCUACACCUGUAGGAUGCUAUAAGCUUGUUUUGAAUUUAGGAAGGGCUUCCAUUGGCUGUCUGUUCUGCCAUGUAUCUUCACCUUAAAGGAUUUUUAAAUGCUUAACAGCCUUAAAGGGAUCUCUUUACAGUGUCUGUCUUUUCGUUUCCAGGGUUUCCCUUAGUGCCUGCAUCCAUCCACGCCGUGGCGAGGAAGAAGUAUUUUGAUGACAAGUGAGUAAUGGUCCUCUGCAGUAGUAUUGUAAAUAAGUAGAGCAGCUGUGUGGUCGGCUGCAGGAGACAGUUCUAGAAGGAGAAGAAGAAUACUUUAUUGUCCGUUUGUAGACUUGUGUGACGGAGGAUGUUUCUCCUUCCUGUAGCUGCUGGAUGAGUGUGGAGACCCAUCUGCUCUACGUGGUCCACGGUCCCAUCAUGGCAGCACUGCUCGUAAGCCACACCCUACACUCUUAGAAAAAAAAGGUGCUGUCUAGAACCUUAAAGGGUUCUUCGGCUGUCCCCAUAGCAGAAUCCUUUGAAUAACUAUUAUUGGUUGCAGGUAGAACCAUUUUGGUUCCAGGUAGAACCCUUUCUACAGAGGGUUCUACAUGGAACCCAAAAGGGUUCUACCUGGAACCCAAAAGGUUUCUACCUGGAACCAAAAAGGGUUCUCCUAUGGGACAGAAGAACCCUUUUGGAACCGUUUUUUCUAAGAGUGUACUCAACUACAAUGCCUAAAGUGGACACUCAGUGAGUUGGGCAACUUCAUUGUACUGUACAUCAUGUACUAUAGAUUGAAGGUGCCUAACUGGCAACAUGGAUACAUAAUGAUACAUGGAUUUUCUUCUAGAUCAAAACUUAAUACGUAGGUAGCCAUUAUUGGACCUAUAAUCAUGUAUUGUUAUACUGUUGAAUGUGAAACACUUAUGCUGGUGUUUAGACUUCCAUUGUUCAGACAAUAUCAUUUUAAUCAGAUUAGAUUGUAGCCCUUUCAGACACCGCAACCAUUUUCAGCCAUUUAUAAAAUCACUUCUUUCUCCUUUUUCCCAGGUGAAUCUGUUCUUCUUGCUGAACAUCGUGAGGGUGCUGGUUACCAAGCUGAGGGACACCCACCGGGCAGAGUCUAACAUGUACAUGAAGGCAGUGAGAGCUACCCUGAUCCUGGUCCCUCUCCUGGGCAUCCAGUUUGUCAUCUUCCCCUGGAGGCCAGAGAACCGUCUGGCGGGGGAGGUUUACGACUACAUCAUGCAUAUAUUAAUGCAUUACCAGGUAAUCUCUAUGACUACAUCAUGCUUAUAUUAAUGCAUUACCAGGUAAUGACACUGAUCUCUAUGACUACAUCAUGCAUAUAUUAAUGCAUUACCAGGUCAUAUCUAUAUUAAUGUAUUACCAGAUAAUGACUAUAUUAAUGCAUUACCAGGUAAUGACUACAUCAUGCAUAUAUUAAUGCAUUACCAGGUAUGUAAUGCAAUUGAUCGUAUGCCAGCAGCACAGUCCUUGCCAAAGCUCUGAUCUGACAUAAGGUACACUCUUAGAAAAAAGGGUUCCAAAAGGGUUCUUCAACUGUUCCCAUAAAAUAACCCUUUUUGGUUCCAGGUAGAACCAUUUUUGGUUCCAGGUAGAACUAUUUUGGGUUCCAUGUAGAACCCUCUGUGUAAAGGGUUCUACAUGGAACUCAAGAGGGUUCUACCUGGAAACAAAAUGGUUCUACCUGCAACCAAAAAUAGUUCUUCAAAGGGUUCUCCUAUGGGGACAGCCGGAGAACCCUUUUAGGCUCUAGAUGGCACCUUUUUUUCUAAGAAUGUAGGAUUAGUGAGAGUGUCUGAUGUUUGUUUUGUUUUCCUACAGGGAUUACUAGUGGCAACGAUAUUCUGCUUUUUCAAUGGCGAGGUAAGCAAUACUGUACUAGCACAACGCACAACACAAAGGAUUUUUUUCUUCACUCUGUGGAAAUCAGCAACUUCCCAUUCAGUUUUAUUCUUAGAUAAAACAUUUGUUGAGGUACAGUAGACAGUAUACAGUAACAGUUUAAGCUUGAACGUCUGAAGAACCCUUACCCUUGGUAAAGUACAGUUUUAAUUGAACCUCUGAAGAACCCUUACCCUUUGGCAAAGUACAGUUUUAAUUGAACCUCUGAAGAACCCUUACCCUUUGGUAUAGUACAGUUUAAUUGAACCUCUGAAGAACCUUUACCCUUUGGUAUAGUACAGUUUUAAUUGAACCUCUGAAGAACCCUUACCCUUUGGUAAAGUACAGUUUUAAUUGAACCUCUGAAGAACCCUUACCCUUUGGUAAAGUACAAUUUUAAUUGAACCUCUGAAGAACCCUUACCCUUUGGUAAAGUACAGUUUUAAUUGAACCUCUGAAGAACCCUUACCCUUUGGUAUAGUACAGUUUUAAUUGAACCUCUGAAGAACCCUUACCCUUUGGUAAAGUACAGUUUUAAUUGAACCUCUGAAGAACCCUUACCCUUUGGUAUAGUAGAGUUUUAAUUGAACCUCUGAAGAACUCUUACCCUUUGGUAAAGUACAAUUUUAAUUGAACCUCUGAAGAACCCUUACCCUUUGGUAAAGUACAGGUUUAAUUGAACCUCUGAAGAACCCUUACCCUUUGGUAUAGUACAGUUUUAAUUGAACCUCUGAAGAACCCUUACCCUUUGGUAAAGUACAGUUUUAAUUGAACCUCUGAAGAACCCUUACCAUUUGGUAAAGUACAGUUUUAAUUGAACCUCUGAAGAACCCUUACACUUUGGUAAAGUACAGUUUUAAUUGAACCUCUGAAGAACCCUUACCCUUUGGUAUAGUACAGUUUUAAUUGAACCUCUGAAGAACCCUUACCCUUUGGUAUGGUACAGUUUAAUUGAACCUCUGAAGAACCCUUACCCUUUGGUAUAGUACAGUUUUAAUUGAACCUCUGAAGAACCCUUACCCUUUGGUAAAGUACAGUUUUAAUUGAACCUCUGAAGAACCCUUACCCUUUGGUAAAGUACAAUUUUAAUUGAACCUCUGAAGAACCCUUACCCUUUGGUAAAGUACAGUUUUAAUUGAACCUCUGAAGAACCCUUACCCUUUGGUAUAGUACAGUUUUAAUUGAACCUCUGAAGAACCCUUACCCUUUGGUAAAGUACAGUUUUAAUUGAACCUCUGAAGAACCCUUACCCUUUGGUAUAGUAGAGUUUUAAUUGAACCUCUGAAGAACUCUUACCCUUUGGUAAAGUACAAUUUUAAUUGAACCUCUGAAGAACCCUUACCCUUUGGUAAAGUACAGGUUUAAUUGAACCUCUGAAGAACCCUUACCCUUUGGUAUAGUACAGUUUUAAUUGAACCUCUGAAGAACCCUUACCCUUUGGUAAAGUACAGUUUUAAUUGAACCUCUGAAGAACCCUUACCAUUUGGUAAAGUACAGUUUUAAUUGAACCUCUGAAGAACCCUUACACUUUGGUAAAGUACAGUUUUAAUUGAACCUCUGAAGAACCCUUACCCUUUGGUAUAGUACAGUUUUAAUUGAACCUCUGAAGAACCCUUACCCUUUGGUAUGGUACAGUUUAAUUGAACCUCUGAAGAACCCUUACCCUUUGGUAUAGUACAGUUUUAAUUGAACCUCUGAAGAACCCUUACCCUUUGGUAAAGUACAGUUUUAAUUGAACCUCUGAAGAACCCUUACACUUUGGUAAAGUACAGUUUUAAUUGGCCAUGUUGAGGGGAUGACAAGUCAGACCCCAAUGAAACAGCUCAUCGCUGCCUGGUGGCGUUUCACCUGACAGGACUCGUCUGUCCCGUCACGCACACCAUUUCACCGAGCGUUUCCAGGUCAACAGGCAGCCAUCUUCUGCACCUGAUAACACAUUGAUGAGUGGCCCAUGGUGAUAGAGUUGUCACCAAUGGGUGGGAGGGAGGGAGCAUUACUGUUUAGCGCUGGAUCUAUGGACUCAGCUGACUCCUGUACAGUAGCAGAGACAACAGCACUAGGACCAUCUCAGAUGAAGAGGAAGGAAGACAAGCCUUAGAAAUGCCUCAGACACUUGAACCUCUCGGGCGAAUCAUCCACCCUGUCUGUCUGUCGCUCACUCACCUCAACCUGCAGUUGUUUGCUGUCUGACAGUGGAUGUCCAUAAUCUAGAGUCACCGGCACAAACUCAAACCUUUGCAUUAUUAAAGGACAUUGCUGGGGUUUUUUUUUUGGAAGAGACCAUUCAGACUUGUUUUUAGGUCAUAUAGUAGAUGCUGUCAUCCAGAACGACCAGGGGUUUGAACCUAGGCCCACCCACCCAGUCAGUUAAUAACAUCGGUUGAGAAAAUGCAUUUGAUAGGUCAGGAGUUGCAUCAGAUACUGCUUGGCCAGUCAGAGACCAGACCAGAAGAAAGAGGCACUGAGCAUUUUCUUCGCUUGAGAAAGUAGAAAACAAAAACAAUGCACACACCCAGAAGAACAGAGAGACCUUAUUUGAAUACACAGCAGGAGGUGGUAUUUGGCACUGACAAAAACACAGCGAAUGAACACAGCAUUCGUUCAUCAUCAGGCGCAGUGUUUAGUAAUAUUUUAUACAUAGGAAAUUAUUUCUGGGCCGGGAAAACAGGUCAAUUAUUAGCUCAUGCAUGAGCAACCAGGCCCCAUCGGCAUCUCCAUCGGCCCCCGUAAACCAAGUUUGACGUGUCCGAAGAACAGAUUCAGUGUCAGGGGGAUAAAAGACACUUUGACACAGUAAGGGAAUGUUUGUUUGCUUUGCAGCAUAAUGGCUUUUACUGUCUCCUAAUUUGGGACAUUCGUUUUUGGGGAUGAGUUCAUUGCACAAUUUGAUUCUGGGGCCAAACUGCCUAGACCUAGGAUGCGUCCCAAAUGACACACUAUUCCAUACAUUCUCUAUGGGCACCCUUUUCCCUAAGGGCCCUGGUCAAAAGUAGUGCAAUAUAAAGGGAAUAGUGCGUCAUUUGGGACUCAGACCUAGCUACACAGUCUGCUGAAUACGUUUUUGUCAAGUUACGCCAAUGGGAAAAAAGUAGUACUUAUUUUUAUGUCUGAAAUUGCACCCUAUUCCCUAUAUAGUGCACUACUUUGGACCAGAGUACACAUAGUUUAUAAAAAGGAAAGAUAAAUCCUGUGCACAGCAGUGCAUCUAGGUCCAGGUGCUGGUUUUGGCAGGAACAACUAGUAUUCAAAAGCAUGAGUAAAAACGGCACACUGAAAAAAAGACAGGCGAACGUCGUUUUUACUCGUUUUUUUAAUAUUAGUUGUUUAUAUGCUCUGCAUCAUUAGAUCAUGUGAGAGUGCAAUGUGUCCUGUCCUCAUUUUCCAUCGGUAAUUAGUGUGGCAUUGUUCAGGAAUUAGAUGUUCCCUGUUCUGGCUCAGGCCGUUCUUCUGAGAGAACUAUGUCAAACACUGCUUUGCUUUCCGUUUUUAGACUGCACACUCAUUCAUGCAGUAUAAAGUUAUCACACAAGAUAACUCUCCGGUUUCCCUUUCCAAUGUUUUUUUGUUCAUUUUUUUUUCUUAAUCAGAUUGGUGAUGUGCUGAAUAAUUUGAUACACUCAUAAUGUAUAAUUUAUUAACUUGGUGAUUUUCAAAAGAGUAACAGCAGAUAAGCGAGCGUAAACGGGCACUUAUGUUCACGUGUCUCUUUUCAAAAGUGUCCUAACUGUUGCGUAAAUGCAUCAAGCUACUCUACCUGCACUAAACUCAGUAAGGAAGAAGGUAUUACCCUUCAAUUAAUCACAGGAAAUGGGAGCCUAGAUUGUGAUUCAAUUCAGUUUCUUGCCAAAUUCAUGUCUAAAAAUGACCAUUAACAUUUAUCAUAUGAAUCCACAUUUCUUGAGCUCAGUCACAUUAAAGUGAUUUAAUGAUCAUGCAUAUUGAUGAAAAUGUGUGGUUGGGCACUAAAAUGCUGUGAGGUGACAGUGAGGCACUAAAAUGCUGUGAGGUGACAGUGAGGCACUAAAAUGCUGUGAGGUGACAGUGAGGCACUAAAAUGCUGUGAGGUGACAGUGAGGCACUAAAAUGUUGUGAGGUGACGGUGAGGUACUAAAAUGCUGUGAGGUGACAGUGAGGUACUAAAAUACUGUGAGGUGACAGCGAGGCACUAAAAUGCUGUGAGGUGACAGUGAGGUACCAAAAUACUGUGAGGUGACAGCGAGGCACUAAAAUGCUGUGAGGUGACAGCGAGGUACUAAAAUGCUGUGAGGUGACAGUGAGGUACUAAAAUGCUGUGAGGUGACAGCGAGGCACUAAAAUGCUGUGAGGUGACAGUGAGGUACUAAAAUACUGUGAGGUGACAGCGAGGCACUAAAAUGCUGUGAGGUGACAGUGAGGUACUAAAAUGCUGUGAGGUGACAGUGAGGUACUAAAAUGCUGUUAGGUGACAGUGAGGUACUAAAAUGCUGUGAGGUGACAGUGAGGUACUAAAAUGCUGUGAGGUGACAGUGAGGUACUAAAAUGCUGUGAGGUGACAGCGAGGUACUAAAAUGCUGUGAGGUGACAGUGAGGUACUAAAAUGCUGUGAGGUGACAGCGAGGCACUAAAAUGCUGUGAGGUGACAGUGAGGUACUAAAAUACUGUGAGGUGACAGUGAGGUACUAAAAUGCUGUGAGGUGACAGUGAGGUACUAAAAUGCUGUGAGGUGACAGUGAGGUACUAAAAUGCUGUGAGGUGACAGUGAGGUACUAAAAUGCUGUGAGGUGACAGUGAGGUACUAAAAUGCUGUGAGGUGACAGCGAGGCACUAAAAUGCUGUGAGGUGACAGUGAGGUACUAAAAUGCUGUGAGGUGACAGUGAGGUACUAAAAUGCUGUGAGGUGACAGUGAGGUACUAAAAUGCUGUGAGGUGACAGUGAGGUACUAAAAUACUGUGAGGUGACAGUGAGGUACAAACAGACCAUCUGUCUUUUUGCUUUUCACCUGUUUGUGCCUACUGAGUCUCUCUGUGUGUCUGUAAAACUCUGAUGAAGGCAACAGCUGAAAUGCAUUGAUUUUAAUAAUAAAGAAGCUAUUAUGGACUUCCAUUGUCCUCAAAGAGUGGCUUACUAUGGUUGUACCCUCUCUCUCGCUCUGUGUGUGUGUGUGUGUGUGUGUGUGUGUUUAUGCGUUUUGCAUGUGUACUCACCCAUUAGAGAAUACAGUUUAUAAUCUGAAUGUCCCUUUUUCUCAGGUGCAGGCGGCUCUGAAGAGACAGUGGAUUCAGUACAAGGCCCAGUGGGGUCAGAGACGGAGGGACCACUGCUCCAUGCGCUCUACCUCCUACACUGCCACCUCCAUCACCGAGGUGCCCGCCUUCAUGUACCACCACGACUGUAACAGCGAACACUUAAACGGCAGACACACCUCUGAAGACUCUGGUGAGCUGGUGGCUCUUAAGACAGGGGAGAUGUACGCC